GAUUCGCUUCAAUUCAGGUGUAUUUAUACACUAUAUUUAGGAGAAGCUGAUCAGUGGUGUUCAUAUAACAAAAAGGUUUAGUAGUAGCAGUUAGUUAACGACGUAUUGAUCAUAUGUUAACUGUGAUUAAUGCUAGUUUUGUGUGUUGUUUGAGGGCUGGCAUCACAUCUUCUCAGGUGUUUGUAAGGACUGGAUCCAGACUAAAGUCCCUGAGGUCCUGAUAAUAAACCUGGUGACAGACGCCAACAGAGACACGGUUAGCUGCUGUUCAAAAAGCAGGAGAAAGAUAACGCACAACUGAUCCAGUAGAGAUGGAUUACAGCAUGGCUGAAGACUAGUUAGGAGCCAAACCAUUAGGAUGCCCCCUAGGUAUAUGGAACUGAACAGGUAGUCGGCGUAGAGACUGUAAUACUGAGGCAAUAUGAUCAUAUUUUCUUGCCCUGGUAAGGACUGAGCUUUGGAUUAGCUCCAACUGUUUGACCACGCUAGCUUUGAGCCCAUGAACGCGUGAACGGUCACUUCGACACACUUUUCUCCGCACGCGCAAGGUGGCGCUGUCGAAGGAGAACGCGCGCACGCCGUGACGUCACGCCCAGGCGCUGCGUGCUCGCGCUAUGAGCGGACGGGCGCGCUCCCGUGGUGAGUCACAGUAGAAAAUGGCGAGUUUGUGCGCGAAGCGGCUCUGCGCGAACGAGAGGUUUAUUAUUCGCCGCGACGCGGACAGAUGGAGGUCUGAACUCAUCCACCGUUUGGGUCUUGACAAUAUCUUGGAAGUGUUUCUUGAAACACAAGUUCUGGAGGACCUCAGGCUUGUAAAAGAUUGUAAGCCUGCAAGUGUGUCAAAUUGGUCAUUUGAUGAAAAUUGUCUUUUCUGCUGCUUAAGACGAGAAAAAGUGAAGGAACAUGUAGUUGCACUCAACAAACAAAUUGUGGAAAGUGGGGGGAAACCUUUACUAGGUAAAGAUCCUUCUAAUAUCAACAGACUUGAGUGGCAGUCAGAGGAAUUUCUGAAUGCAGUGUUACACAGGAAAGAAUACACACCAAGAAUUCCAGAUCCACACAUCCCCGUGGUGGCUUGUGGUAUCUUACAGCAGAUGAUUAAUGAGUUGGCUUCAUAUUAUACCUCAAGAAACAACUGCUCUCAGGAUUCCCUUCAAAACAAUGGAAAAAAGGACCAAAGCAUUCUGAAAACUAGCUGUGUCACUUCAUCCACUGCUGUCAAAACAGAAUCUGUUGCUUCUGCUCAGAAAAAGUUCAUCAUGGUGGACCAAGAUGCCCCUUUGGACCUCUCUCUGAGAAAGAUCAAAGUGGAGGAUACUGAGCAAGAUGGAGUUCUUGAUCUUUCGACGAAGAAGAAUUUUAACAAAGGCCAUACAUCUUUAAGGAAUUCUCAAGCCAGCCCAACUACACAUUUGGUCAAAAGGGACUCCAUUGACCUGAGUCUUGCUCAAGUAAAAGAUCUACAGUCUGUGAACACUUUGGAACAGUUCAUGUCAAGGCUGUGUUUGCAGCACCAGCACCAAAUAGUUGAUGCAUUAGGCUUCCUACAAAGCGAAGUCAAGACUGUGGCUGCGUCCAACCAUUUCCAAGCAGCCACUCCGGAUUUGUCUGAGAAGCAGGCGACAACCAGCUGCAGUUAUGCAUCUUUUGAAACCAGCUCUGAGAUUCAGCAGUCUGAGAGAACAUGCUCCGUGGAAGCUGCUGUGAGCAUUAGUAAGACUCAUGAGUCAUCUGUAGUCACAAACAUUCAAAAACCUACUGCAGAGAUGUUAAAGGCUGAUGUUUCUACUAUAGCACUGGGAAUGACUGAAAAACAUGAGCUUGGCAAAGUGGACAUUUUGUCAUCUGCAUCUUGUGGAACAGGUAUUGAUAGUGCAAAUGUAAGUUCUGCAACAGAAAUGUUUGUCAUGACAAAGGCAACUACUGAUAAUCCAGGAUUAAAAACAGUGUUAGGUUCAAGCAUUCAGCAAAUUCAGAAGUGUCUAUGCAGUACGGAGCGAUGCUUGCCAACUUGUACUACAGUGUCUGAUCAUGCAGAUAUGUUAAAAUACUCACAGAAAUGCUUUGCACAAAAUGAAGAUGUUGAUGCUGUUGUAAAACCCUCCACAAUUCAAAAGACGUCAAAUGUUGUUGUACCAAUAUCUCCAAGAACAGCCAGGAAAAGCAGAAAAGUUUCUUGCCUCAUACAAAGGAAUAGCUCUUUAAGUUAUCUCAUAAAUAAUUCCGAUAGCCAUUGUGACCUAGUUUAUAUUGGAAAAUCAAUUACAGAAUGUCAGCCUCAGUCUCGAAAUCGACUGCAUCCACGACAAAAUGCCCGAAAGAGCACAAGGGGGCACAAAUAUGUGGAGGAGUACUUGGAACUUAAAACAGUCCGUACCUUAGCUGGUAAAUCGAUAAGAGAUUCCAGUGGGAAUUGUCCAGCUCGUAUGCCAGACUUAUACACCUCAGUGACUCCAAAGCAGGUCCUUUCUACGUCUGGCAGUGUACCUCUAGUAAACACACCUUUUGCAGGGGAUUGCAUGAAAAAUGCAAUUCCAAAAUUACCAUCGGAGCAGAUGGCAGAGAAUGAAAUGCCAGGAGAUGUCGUAAAAGUAACAAGUCUGGGUCUGAUGGUGGAAACCAGUCAGACGGGUAAAAUUGAAAGUAAUGGCCAAGUAUUCAGUGAACUGUCAGGUAAUCAGAAUGGAUUAACCAUGCAACCAGAUUUGAUCUCAGAAAAACGCAUUGACGCGGUAGAAGAAAGCCCCGAAAUGACAGAACUCACUGUACAGAAAAACGGAUGUGAUUCCCAAAUUGGGCCCGUGCCAGAAGAGGUGGUGUGUGGUACAGAAAGAAAGGCUGAUUGUGAGGAUAAAUCAUUGGAGCCAUCACUGAUCCAUGUGUCGCCUAACAUGGCCAAAGAGUGCUGUACUAAAGUUGACAUAGAACAGCGAAAUGAAAGGGAAAUAAAACCCCCUGUGGAAACUGAGACUGCAGCAGUUGUCCAGGAACAAUCCGACUCAUCAGAAAAAAGGGCAAACACUGAGGAGGAUGGAGGUGCUCAGAAAGAAGUUGUACAUGACACUAAAAGUGAUCUCCAAACAGAAAGCUCUUCUGAACUACCAGUGACGAAUCAAGAGGAUUCAGCUGUGUCCAGCCUAACUGAAGUCUCUACUGUACAACUACUUCUGAAAUGCAAAGAGAAGGACAUGGAUCUGCAUACUUCAAAAGUUGUCAAUGCAAAACAUGCAGCACCCUCAGACAGAUGCUUGCGUAGUAGAAGUAAAGGCAAUGUUGACAUAACAAAAGACUCUAUGAAGUGUGGUGCUUCUGAACUUGAUCAUGCCAAUGAUAAAAGUCCAAAGGCUCAUUCUACUGAAACAAAUGCACAUACUGAGCAGGAGCCUGAUUUGAAAGCUGUAGACAUUCUUGAAAUGGCACAGGAGCUCCCUGCUGCCAAAACUUGUAAUGGGCUAGUUGUGGAGCAUGCAGUCAAAUCAAGACCGAACUCAAGAACUGCAACCGCUGUUGGGAGAGAUGAGCAUCCAAGUCCAGGUGUCGAAGUCAAUAAUGAUUUACCAAGUGUUUUGUCACCUGAGGUUCUUCCAGAGACUGUGAACACCGUUUCCACCCCAGAGAAUGAAAAGCACCACAAACUGAACAAUCAAGCCUCUGAAAGCACUGAAAAAAUGCCACUUAGAAACAAAACUAGUCCCGUUGACUGUUCACCUAUAAAAAAGUCCCCACCAAGCUCUGAAAAUAUGCUUUUGAGAAGCAGAAGUAACAAUGAAGGGACUUUAAGUAGCAAAUUGAUCAGUCUGACAGAGGGCCAUUCAGAGAAGCAGGGGCAGAAACCUUUAAGAAAUGGCAGCUCUAUUAGUGAGCAGGCAUCUAAUAGAGAUUUGUGUACAUUUUCAGAGGCAGUAACACAUAUGCCUCUACGCAGCAGAACUGUUAGCUCAAUUAAACCGACUGUUACUAAAGAUUCUCCUGUUAAAAUUUCCAGUAAAAGUUUUAUCAGUGAACAACCUGUCAGUUCUCACUCUAGUACUACCUGUAGUAAAAAAACUGAAGCCAAUGGGCACAUGCCCUUAAGAAGCAGUGGCAGUUUAAUUAUAGAACAGCCCCAUAACAACAAAUCUGCUCCUGUAGAUGCAUCAGAAAGCCCUGGACGCAUGUCGUUGAGAAGAGGGAAUGUACCGAAUACUGACAAUUCCUGUGGCUUAACAACAAUAACAACAACCCCUAAUAGAAAUAAACGUCCUCUGAGACAGCUAAGGGUUUCAACGUCAAGUGGGGAAGCUGAAGAAAGCCCCUUGAGUUCAAAACUUAAAAUCCAAAAUCAAAAGCAUGUGGAGGCCCAAAUAAGAGGCUCAUUGAAGUUGCCAGAUGACUCUCUUCGCAUUGCUAGUGUUCAGACCACCGAACCUCUUGUUUGCAGUCCCCCCAAAUUUUUGGAGGCACUAAGGGGGGAAAAACACCAGCAGUUAAUUUCAAAUUUAAAUACAAAGUUUGAUAAAAUGCACAAAAGUUGGGUUCCAAUGGACAAGGAGGGUCAGCCUGCACCAAAACCCAAAAACAAGGCAGAUAGGCUCAAAGAAAUCUGGAAAAGCAAACGUAGAGUACGAAAGUCAAGGCCGUUGGAACAACAAAAGUUAUCCCCUGUGCAAAUGCUAUUCAUGAAGCCCUUUGACUUGUCUAGUAUCUGCAGGUGGUUCCUGCAGUCGACUGAAACCAAAUCUCUUGUAAUUGUUAAGAAGGUCAAUACCAGACUUCCAUCUGAAACGCAGUUGUGCUUUCACUCUUCGGCAGCAGGAGCAGGGUCCUCUCACGGGAUAUUUCCGAGCCUCCAGGCCGAACGGUUGAAGAAGCACCUGAAAAAGUUUGCUAUUGCGUCACCUGUGAAGAACAACCCCAAGAAUCAAAGGCUCCUCUCCAAAGCUUUAGGUCAGGGUAUUUCUGCGAUGAAGAGUAAAGAAAAGCACGAACCGACGACUGCCACACGAAUCUGUACAAAGGCACAGAGUCUUGCUGGAGUGACGCUGGCGCAGGCUCCCGAGAGCCUUGUCCCGACCACAGGCAGUGUGAAAAAUCCAGCGAGUGCUAGAAUUCUUCGGAAAUAUUCCAACAUGCGUGAGAAGCUUCAGGUUCAGCAAAACAAGAAAUGCAAAGAGAAAACUUUCAAAGGUGUUCAUUUGAAGGCGACAAUAAUUCCAAAGAAAGCCAACAAACAAAAACUGCCGACACGUAAAGGGUCAAAGUGUGUGGUCGUUCAGAGGAUCUCAUCUCUGACCAAGACGGCAAAAACGAACUCUGCCCUCAAACAACAAGCUUUGAAAAGGAACAAAGACGGUGCCCCUCCGAAGAGGUUGCAGGCACUCACGAGAAUGGCAAAAGCCAUCGGUGAGAAUGCCUCAACAAACACCUCGAGUAAAAAACAGAUACCGAUCAAAACCGGAACUGAUAAAGCACAGCAAAUAAAAGCAAGUCUGACUAAAGUUGACACAAAGAAACCGGUGUCUCAAAAAGGCCCUAAUAAUUUAGAAUCGCAAUCUUUAGAUGUGGACGUUAAACCUCUGACUUCGGAAGACCAAGUGUUAACUAGGUCUCAAAGAAAGAUGGAGGGCACCCUUUCACAGACCUCCUCUCCCAAAUCUCCCACAAAGCGAGGCUCGGAACCACUGGUCACUCCCACAAAACGUACUAGGACCUCAAAACCUUGAAAAAUGUGUACAGGAGUACUAGAAACUCAUGUAGAAAUGUUUCAUAAGAACAAGGGGUGCUUUUCAGAAAAUAAUUUUUGAAGCUAUUUUUUUAAAGCUUGCCAGCACAUUUUCAGAGCUUUGAAUUUGUCGUCUGAGAAAGAUGCGUCUUUGUUAGUUAGUUUUGGGCAAAAUAUUUUCCAGAGUUUGUUCUUUUAAGUGUCAAUCAUUUUUCCAAUUAUGCUUAAAGAAACGUAUUUGUUUGUUAUGGGGGAAAAAACUUUUUUUCUUGAUAGAGCCAUUAAUGUAAAAAAGAAGUCAAGAAAUAAAAGUUCUUAAUGGGGCAUUUUAAAUAUGGGUUAUAAAUAACCCAGUAACUUGCUUGUUUGUUUGACCGUUACAUUGUAUAGCUUAUUAUUAUUAUUAUUACAACAGCUUGGACUUUUGAACCAGAUAUUAUUUAAGGAAUGAUCCACAGUUCUAAAACAAUUAAUAAUUUUAGCUAAUUAAAGUGGCUUUGUAACCUGAAUAAUGUGCCUUUUUCUUAUCUGUAUUUAUAAGUGAUUGAGGUUGCCUCAAUAAAGCCUCAUUCAUUUUGCACAUAGAUGAGACAUUUGUCCCAAACUUCUUCAUAUUUACUUUUAUUCUAAAUUGAACUUCAGGGCUGUAUAAGACAAAAUUGAAUUUAAGAAUGUCGUAGUUAAUAUUUUCAGUCUAGCGUUAUUGUUUUGUUCCUCCUCUUAGAGGGAGGCCAUACGUACUGUAUGCACAAGUUUCUAGAUUUGUUUAAAUUUAAUGUUCUCAAAUAUUCAUAAAAAGACAGUUUUAUAAAGAAAACUAUGCAAGAUUACGUGUUUUCUAAAACUGGAUUAAUUGGCUGGGAAAUGUUGGGGGGUUUGGCUAGUUGGAGAUGACCAUAAGAAGUUAAAUGUAUGUGAUGUCGGUGUGUAAUGUGUUUUUAACCCCCAGCUUACUCAUUAUUAGUAAUUUAUAAAAUGGUAUAUGUUAAUGUUAUGUCUUUUCCUUUUUUGACUUUGAAACGUUCUGAAAUGUAGUCUCCAUAUACCAUCACAGGACUGAAGAACGUAGCCCAUUUAUAUGGUUUGAGUUGCGCAAGUAGGAUAUAUUUAUAUAUAAAGGUGAAUCAACUUGCUUUGAUUUUUAUGCAUUUUGUCUUUUGUUAGGGCAUUUUUGAGGGGUUCCAAUAUUUCAUUAAAUAAGGAGCGAGUCUGGAUAAGAAUCUGAAGUGUGUGAAUAAGGUAAAGAAGAGCAAAGGUUAUAUUAACAAUGCUGGCUUCUACGUGCAUUGUUAAUAUAUGUAUACAACAGGAAAUAUAUGUAGAGUGAAUCAUUAAUAUUUGUUUGGUUUGUUUGUUUUAUUGCCUUUUCAGUGCUUUGUUUGUGCCAUGAACCACAUUGUUUAAGCUUAAACAUUUUUAUAGUUUUGAUAAAGCAGACGUAGACACUCGUAUAAUCACACAUUUUAAUGAAUGAAAAAGGAGGAAGUUCAGUAAACAUUUUGGUGGCGCUACUUACAUUCGGAGUAACUGCAGUUAGUCAAUGUAACUAUCAACGUAACAUCAGAAGAAUAAACAGCAAGAGCUCUUAAAUGUUCUAUAUGCAACAGCGACAGUAUCUUUCACAAUAAAGUUUCUUGAGUUCAUGACGCGAUGGUUGUGACUGGCACAAAGUUAGCUCAGACCCAUGCAAUCUACAUGAAAAGUCUGUAACCCUUUCCAAUGAUUUGUCUGCACUGAAGCAAUGACAUUGACGUUAACUUUCAUUCCCAGUACCUCAGUGUACAAUAAGAGCAAUAAGUAUCCACAAAAGUGAAACAAAACCUUGUGGAGAAACCAACCAUGUGGUACAACGAAUGUAUGGAGGAUUAAAUUACUGCUAGUUCUCAUCGUAAGCAAGUAGUUUGUUUUGGUCUGCGCUUAGUCACAGAAACCGUCGGGCUAUUGACUUGCUCUUUAUUAUGAGGACUGGAUAGUAGCUACCCUUAUUAAAUGCCUUGUCUUGA